CCAGCUUUCCCCAUGGACGCGUGUCGUAGGUUCUAUCAGAGGUCCGUCCUCUUGAUGAUCAUCUGAACCUUGCACAUUUGGUUGAUCGUUUGACGGGAAAGAAGCGGGUUUGACGUGAUUGUCCCACAUGGGUGUACUAUGCCUUUUAUGUUUCCUCUCCAUUUAUCAUCCCUGGCUGUUGACAACACUCCCUUCCUUGAUAUCCUUUGCCCAAUGCCCAGGGCAGAAUAUCCUUCAAUGACUUGUGAUAGCCCCUCGUCUUAACCAGCCCUUUCUCAACAUUCGUUUGUCUUUUUUGAAUACUAUCCAAGCUAUCAAUGGCUUAGUCUUUCCUUUUUCGCAUAACUAACCCAUUCCUCUAUGAGCGUCAUUCCCUCUCAAAUCUAUCAAAUUUUGCCUCCUAUCUUGGACAAAGCCUUUAUCUCGCAGGAACACCUGCAUUAUGAUUUCCAAUCGCAAAGGUCGCUCUCUAACAACAACAAUCCUUCUUCUUAUUACCGCAUAUCUCUUUCUAGUCUGGUUACCCCUCAGUCGACUUCAUGCCUGGCAGCAUAAACAUCCGAGACCAACCCCUAUACAAAGCACUAUCCUCUCACAAGAUACGAUCCACUUGAACUCAGCUACCGAGAGAUACCCUGUCACUUCAUACAUUCCUUUACCGACAUCACCAUCAUCAAUUCCCAAAAUCCAACAUGACUUUCCACCAGAGUCCAGACCCGAGCGCAAGGCCAGAGUCAAGAAACAAAAGGCCAUAAAGGAGGCAUUCAUGCAUUCCUGGAAUGGCUAUAAAGACCAUGCCUGGAUGCGAGACGAGGUCUCACCCCAGACCGGUGGAUAUCAGGACUCGUUCAGCGGGUGGGGUGCUACCCUAGUGGACUCACUAGAUGCACUGAUCAUUAUGGGCCUGGAUGAUGAACUCGAAUUGGCCCUGGAGGCUUUGGAUAGAAUCGACUUCACUACUACCCGCAGCGCGGAAGUGAAUGUCUUUGAAAUUAUUAUCAGAUAUAUGGGUGGUUUCUUAGCUGCUCACGACCUGAGCCACGGGAAGCACCCAAUUCUCCUUAAGAAAGCAGAAGAGCUGGGGGAGAUGAUCUUCAAUGCGUUUGACACGCAUAACCGGAUGCCCCAGAUGCGGUGGAACUGGUCCAAAUCUGCCCAAGGCGAAGAAAUCCAGCCGUCAUCGCACACAAGUCUGGCAGAAAUGGGCUCAUUAACCCUGGAAUUCACUCGCCUGUCUCAACUGACCGGCAACCCGAAAUAUUUCGAUGCCGUCCAGCGGAUCACAAACGAGCUAGAACGGGGCCAAUCCAAGACCAAAAUUCCCGGACUGUGGCCAUUAUUCAUCAAUGCCAAGGAUCUCACAUUCGACUGGUCCCAAUAUUCUCUGGGUGGCUCUGCCGACUCAACAUAUGAGUAUCUGCCCAAGGAGCACAUCCUGCUUGGCGCGCAGACAGACCAGUACCGCAGCAUGUAUGAGAAUGCUAUCGAGGCGAUAAAGAAGAAGCUUCUCUUCCGUGCCAUGACCAAGGAUGAAGAUAAGCAGAUUCUGUUCACUUCGAAUGUUCGUGGACUGAAGGGCGGAGCUCUCCACAGUGUGCAGUAUAUACAGGAUCACUUAAAGUGCUUCUUGGGUGGCACCGUUGGUAUAGCGUCCAAGAUCUUCAAUCGUACAGAAGAUCUUUCUAUUGCUCGUGGUCUUACGGACGGGUGUAUCUGGGCGUAUGAUUCUAUGCCAACGGGGAUUAUGCCUGAGACCCUGGAAGUCAGUCCCUGUGCGGAAAUUGAUAAAUGCCCAUGGGACGAGGGCAAAUGGUACGAAGAUGUUCUCGGCCAGCCAAUACAUUCGAGGGAACACCUCGAGCGAGCGCAGAAACAAGUCGAGGAUGAAGGACUCCCACCUGGUAUCGUCGGGAUCGCAGAUCCAACAUACAAGCUUCGGUACAACCUCCAUUCUACAAUUCUGGUCGCUGUGCCCAUGUGGUCGGUUGUACUAAUUAUUUCACUCAGACCCGAGGCUAUCGAGUCCAUCUUCAUCAUGUACCGCAUCACCGGCGACAAGUCGCUUCAAGAUGCAGCGUGGCGCAUGUUCCAAAGCAUCGACAAAGUAACGCGCACAAAGUAUGGCCACUCCGCCAUCGAGGACGUGCGCAACCCUCUGCCAAAGAUGAGCAAUAAGAUGGAAAGCUUCUGGCUUGCUGAGACACUCAAGUAUCUGUAUUUGAUCUUUUCCGAGCCUAACCUUGUUAGCUUGGAUGAGUAUGUUCUGAGCACCGAGGCUCAUCCGUUCAAGCGACCAUCUUGAUGGGUAUCAAGACAUAGUCUGCUCUGGUGUUUCUUUCUGCUGCUCGUGCCAUUUAGCGUUUGCAUAGACUGUUAGGAUCGGUGUUGUGGACAUGGGCUGGCGUUAGAUAUCGUUAAGCAUGCAUACACUCAUUUAAUCCUAAUCACAGGAACACAAUAG